AGGAGCCACUGCGAGCUUAGACCCUGCCAUCUCUGAUUGGCCCAGAACUUUUCGAGCUCCACCCGAAAACUAGACGCUUGAAACUUUCUGAACAUUCUCGCCGGCCAACUAACAACAGAACGCCAAUUCGCGCAGAGCGCACACUGUUGCAACCAUGCCUGUCUCAAAGUCCACCAAGAAGUUCGAGAGGAACAAGCUCGGCGACGUCCUCAAGGCUCGCAAGAAUGUCGCCAAAAUAAAGCAGAGAAAGCAGAUGGAUGCAAAGAAGAAGCAGCGCAAGGCUGCCGACAAUGCAAAGGCCGAGGACCUUGAAGGGGAGGGCGCAAAGAAGCCCAUGAAGUCUACCAAGGAGGAUAACUUUGGCGACAUGUCCAUGGACCAGUUCUUCGAGGGCGGCUUCGAUAUUCCCAAGAUGAAGAAGACAAAACCGAAGACUGGAAAGCGCAAGCGCACACCUGUCGAAGCGGACGAUUCCGAGGACUCGUCAGACGAAGAUAUGGCUGAUGCAACCGCGAACGGCGACGACGACUCGGCUUCAGAUAGCGAAUCGGGCGACGAUGCUGAGACACACAAGCGCGACAUCGAGGCGCUGAAGAAGAAGGAUCCUGAGUUUUACAAAUAUCUGGAGAACAACGAUAAGGAGCUACUGGACUUCGAAGACGACGAUCUGGCCGACAUCGAUGCGCUCAGUGCCAGUGAGGACGAGGCCACGCCGAGGAAGAAGCAAAAGAAGGCUGCGAAGGCUGUGCCCGAGUCAGACGAGGAGAGUGAGGCUGCAACAGGCAAUGAGGUCUCGAAACAGCUCAUCCAGAAGUGGAAGUCGGCUAUGGAGACGAAGUCCUCCCUGCGGGCUAUGAAGGAGGUUGUUCUGGCCUUCCGUUCGGCAGCACAUCUCAACGACGAGGAAGGGAAAGCGUACAAGUACUCGAUAUCGGACCCUGAUGUCUACCACCAGGUUCUCGUAUCUGCCCUCACACUCGUACCCAGGGUUCUGAACCACCACCUGCCAGCCAAGGAGAGCGCAGGAGGCAAGAUCCGCAUCCCCGCAGACUCGAAGAAGUUCCGCACAUUGACGCCCCUCCUCAAGUCGCAUACAGUCUCCAUUCAGCAUCUUUUGGAGAACCUUUCAGACGCCUCCACCCUGCGUAUGACACUCGAUUCGUUAUUGAAACUGCUGCCGUACAUUCUCUCGUUCAAGAAAGUCGUUCGUGAGAUCGUCAAGACUAUAGCAGGCGUAUGGUCCGAUUCGUCCAACAACGAAGUAACGAGACUCUCGGCAUUCCUGGUCCUGCGACGCCUCAUGGUUAUCUCAGACGCCAGCCUGCGUGAGGCAGUCCUCAAGCAAGUCUACCAAGGCCUUGUCAAGGGCGCGCGGAACACUACUGUCCACAACAUCCAGGGCAUCAACCUGAUGAAGAAUACUGCGUCCGAGCUAUGGGGUAUCGAUGCCACCGUUGGCUACACAACAGGCUUUGGCUUUAUCCGCCAGCUUGCCGUUCAUUUGCGCUCAAGCAUCACCAACAAGACCAAGGACUCGUACAAGACAGUCUACAACUGGCAAUACGUCCACUCUCUUGACUUCUGGUCGCGCGUCAUCGCCGCCCACUGCGAGACUCUCCGUGAAGCCGAGUCGGGCAAGGCUUCUCCUUUGCGACCCCUAAUCUACCCUGUUGUACAACUCACCCUCGGAGCCAUGCGUCUGAUUCCCACAGCACAAUACUUCCCGCUGCGCUUCCAGCUCAUCCGCUCCCUCCUGCGCAUCUCCUCCGCCACAUCCACCUACAUCCCGCUCGCGCCGGCCCUCGUCGAAGUCCUUCAGUCCGCGGAGAUGAAGAAGCCGCCCAAGCCAUCGACCCUCAAAGCGCUCGAAUUCAGCACCCAGAUCCGCGCCACAAAAGCCUAUCUGCGCACACGCAUCUACCAGGACGGCGUGGGCGAGCAGGUCGCGGAGCUGCUGUCGGAGUUCUUCCUGCUCUGGACUAAGAACAUUGCGUUCCCUGAGCUCGCACUCCCCGUGAUCGUCAUGCUCAAGCGCUGGGUCAAGGCCAUGACGAAGAAGGCCUCUGGCAACAGGAAUGCAAAGAUCAACAGCCUCUUCGCUCUGCUUAUUCAGAAGCUCGAAGCUAACACUAGGUGGAUCGAGGAAAAGCGUACAAAGAUCGACUUUGCGCCCAACGAUCGUGCUGGUGUGGAUAACUUCUUGAAGGAUGUCGAGUGGGAGAAGUCGCCCCUUGGCGCGUACGUUGCUGGACAGAGGAAGGCCAGAGAGCAGAAACAGAAACAGCUCGAGGAUGCACGGAAGCAGGAAGAGAAGAAGAGAAAAGAGUACGAGAAGGAGGAUGCGGGCGCCAAGGCUGAGGUGUUUGAGGAGGAGAGCGGCGAUAUGGAGGAUGAGGACCUUGAGGACGAUGUUGAUGAUAUCGAGGAGGAGGAUGAAGAAGAGGACAGUGACGACGAGUAGAUGGCCGGUCUAGGCUUUCAUUUGCUGGAUUUGUGAGCUGUAAGAAUGUUUGGCGAGUAGGUCGGCAUACCCACAAAGGAAUCAUUACAAAAGAUUACGCACACUUCCUGUUCGGUGUAUCUCGCGAGAAGCAAUCAAGUAGUGGGGAG